AAUUAAGAAAAAUUCAUUUCAUUUUCGACUUUUCCAUUGAACGGUUCGUUUUCAUUUUUUUACAAAUUUUAAUUCAAAUUUAAGUUAGAAUUCACAAAAUGAGUGAAAAGAAGGGCAAACGCAGCUCGUCGAAGGACAAGCGACAAAAGAAAUCUAGAAGAAUGGUUGGAGGGUUCACUGUAACAGAUUACAAUAGCGAUGAUGAUAAGAGUUUCCCACUGGCACCAACGUCAUUAAAGAAAAAAACAAAAAAAAGUAAAAGUAAAGGAGGAGGAAGAUCAGUGCCCUUGCCAGGAGAAGGACCGUCAUCUUCGAGUUCGUCUAUGCUGAGUGGACCAUCUGUGGCACCAACGUCAUCAUCUCUUAUUCCACCAGAACGAAUCAAAGUAGAGCCAAGACCACCACAAGCAUUUUCAUUUCCGUACCCUGUACCAGUUCUCGUCGGAGGAAGAGUAAUGUCAUUAUCAGGACCAGGAGAGGGACCGUCUUCACUGUUCCCGCUUAAAUUGAGUGGAUCAUCUGACUCUUCGACGUCAUCAUCUGUUCUUCCACCAGCACGAAUCAAAGUGGAGCCAAGAUCACCACAAGGAGGGCCUUCAUCUCGUUUCCCGUUACCAUAUACCGGCAAAGGCAGUAAAAGUAAAGGAUCGACGUCAUCAUCUGCUCUUCCAUCAACAAAACGAAUCAAAGUGGAGCCAAGAUCACCACAACCUGGGCCUUCAUCUAUGUUCCCUUUACGCAUCAAAGAGGAGCCAAGAUCACCACAAGCUGGGUCUCCAUUUUCAUCAGGGCAACGAAUCAAAGUCGAACGAAGAUCACCGCAAGCAGAAUCAUCUAUGUCAGGGCUGGCAUAUUCCGUUCCUUCUGCAGCCGCAGAAAAAGUAGGCAGAAAAAGAAAAUCAGCAACCGUACUGCCACCUAGAGCGCGUCUACCGAGAGCGGCUAAAGACUUACCCCCACUUCACUAUAGCGAAACGCGUAGACGUGCAGCAGCUAGACCUAGGCCGACGACUACUGCUCAAGCUGUUCGACAACUCAAAGAAGAGUUAUUAACGGAUGCCUUUAGAGAAGCUACACAAUCUGUAGCAGCAAGUCGGGCCGGACCAUCUUCAUUAAGAACGACGGUCACAGUAGAGCCACCAUCUUCUUCUGAGUCUUCUGACUGCGUUUUAGUAUCAUGGGAUUCACCACCUAAAAAAGGACCAGUGCGGCGACGAUGAAUUUCACUCAGAAAAUUCGAAUUUUCAGGCAAAAAUUGCAGUAGAUCCAAAGUGUUUUUUGCAGCAGAUUGACAAUAAAUUUUAGUCCAUCGCUUAUAACUUC